GCAAGUCAUUUGUAAGAGUCCGUCACAGGGAAACAUUAACAGAGUGCUGGAAGCUGCUGCUGCUGCCUGGAGCUGGUACAUACUGCUGGUAAAGGAGAACCAUGAAUUAUGAUAAAGAAGGAAACCCAGCAAUGAGUGCAGGAUACCCACAACCUGGGUUUGGAGGAGCCUAUCCACCUCCACCAGCGUAUAAUCCAUCCUCAGGAGCAGUCUAUCCACCUCCACCAGUUUAUAAUUCCAUACCAGGUCAACCAGUGACUGUUCCUCCUGUUGUGACACCAAUCAUUGUGACAUCUACAUUUCAAGACACCCCUGCAUCAACAACCUGUCCAUCGUGUAGGCAGAACAUAAUUACAAACAUACAUUAUAACAUCGGCUUACUCACGUGGCUUCUGUUUGGCAUCCUAUUUAUUUUUGGGUGUUGGCUGGGAUGCUGCCUAAUCCCAUUUUGUGUGGAUAGCUGUAAGGAUGUUGAUCAUUAUUGCCCAAACUGCAACCACCAUUUGUACAAAUAUAAAAGAUUGUGAAAAGAGAAGAAUGUGUAUUAUAAUGCUGCUUUAUAUUCUGUUUAUGGCAUAAAAAUAUGAAUAAUGUACACACAUUUUAAUCCCUUUGACUAUUUUUAUUAAAAACAAGAAAUUGUAUAUGUAAAAUAUUGCUUGAAUUAAAUAUAAUUUAGUUAAAGUAACAUUUCAUUUUUAUAUACUUACGUGACGUGGUCACGGCGCCUUCUGCUCCUUGCAGUGGUAGGUAUCUCCCCAGCCCCUCUAGGAGUUCCUCACACAGGCAGGUAGUCUUCCUGCCCUAAGCAAUGCUCUGAGAGACCUUUUGCUCUGAGUGGCCCUUUUCUGGGCCAGAUUCAUUAAAGUACAAAUACGAAUCACAAAAUCCGAUCAGUUCUCAUGAUUGCAAAAGUCAUAUAAAUUCCGUUCGUUUGAAUACGAAGAUUUCGUAUGUACGAUCCGAAAGUUCCGAAAUUUUCAUAUUGAAACGAUUGUUUGCGAAUGGUGAUCCGAUAGUCAUGAAAUUUUUGUAUCUGAAUGAUCGUAAACGGUGGGAAAACCUUUCUGACUUUGAACGUUCAGUGCAUGAUUUUGGAGGCACUCUGCAGCUCCAACCUGGCCCAAGGAAAGUCACGGUAACGAAGCUUGAAUGAAUCCGAAACUUUCGUACUUGUUGUGACAAAUACAAUUUUGUUGCACAAAGUAUGAAAAAGUUGCGCAGAUUUAUGAAAAUAUCACAGAAAAUACGCAGAAGUUGUAAACUUUUGAAAAAAUACAAUUUUUUGUAAUCUGACCUGUCUUACUUUAAUGAAUGUGCCCCUCUGCAUGACACCUUCAUACUGAGUGACCCCCAGGUGUGGAAGGACACCACUUUUUACCUCUCCAGGCAGCUCCUCUCUCAGCUGCCUCUUAAUUAGCCAACUAAAAUGGAUUAUUAACCCUAUGUGCACUAGGAAACCCCUGCAGUCCACAUCACACAUUUUAAAUUUACACUUUCUCUUACAUUUUUAGGAAAGAAUGCUGUGCUUUCUAAACACACUGUCACACUAUACAGUAUAUAAACUUAAUCCAUAGGGACAUCUGAUUGCUCUGUUGUGAACAAUAAAUCCAAGAUUCCCCCACUGUAAUGGGCUUUGCAAAAGGUUAUUCGUUAGACAGUUAUUGUUAUGUUUAAGCUAGAAAUAGAAAUGCCAAAUAUAGCUUCCAAAUAAUAGGGGAUGAAUAAAUCCUGCUUUGCAGAAAACACUGCAGGCAAAUAUGUAAAGAAAAACAAAUAUGUUUCAGUACCUUAGAGGAUGCACACACCCUAUACAUAUUCAUGCCAAAUAAUGUAUGAGGUUGCAACCAUUCUUGCCCCUAUCAAUGCCUACAUCCAACUCCCAGUGAUAAUCUACUUUUGUGCCACUAUGGAUGCAUGUAAAUGAGGGUCAUGAAAUGACAUAUGUUUGUGGAGCACCAAUAACAUCUCUUGUUGCAGAUGCACCUUGUAACAAAUUGCAUGCAAUUCAAUAAACUGUGCAAAUUGUU